CUCCAGCCGGCGGUUCCUCGUGCAGAAACGGCCGCUUCCGCCCGGCGAGUUUUGCCGGGAGCACCGAGGGGGCGGGCCAUACAGCUGGUUAAAAUGGAGCUGAUAGGGGUCCUGAGGCGCGGGCUGCAGCAGAUCACCGGCCACGGCGGACUGCGGGGCUUACUACGGGUUUUCUUCAGGGCAAAUGACAUACGGGUCGGUACUUUGGUGGGAGAAGACAAAUAUGGAAACAAAUACUACGAAGACAACAAGCAGUUUUUUGGCCGUCACCGAUGGGUCAUCUACACCACUGAGAUGCACGGCAAAAACACGUUCUGGGAUAUGGACGGAAGCAUGGUGCCUCCCGAAUGGCACCGUUGGCUUCACUGCAUGACUGAUGACCCUCCAACGACAAAACCGCCGACGGCCCGUAAAUUCAUCUGGGCAAACCACAAGUUCAACGUGACUGGCACUCCAGAGCAAUAUGUUCCUUAUUCCACCACGAGAAAGAAGAUCCAAGAAUGGGUCCCACCGUCGACACCGUACAAGCGACCCGAGUGAAGACGAGUUCCAGCGCGUACGGGAUGGUACAGGAUUGUUCCAGCGCGUACGGGAUGGUACAGGAUUGUUCUUGGAUUGACACUUGUUCAGCUGACUGUGAACUUGAUUAAAGCUGCCUGGCCAUGCAA